AUGGCUAUCGCUUCUGCACUAUCAACGCUGCAAGGCAGUGUGAUCGAAUACCCAUGGCACUCGUUGGCCGUGGCGGCAGUCGUCGUUCCCAUCCUCUAUAUUGUCCUCAAUGAAUUCAUCCGUGCAUCGGCCCGUGUCAAGGGCAUGAAUGGUCCCUGGGGCCUUCCGUUGAUUGGGAAUUUAUCGCAAAUUCGGACGAACGCCGCAGAGCAGUAUCGCAUCUGGUCGAAGACUCAUGGGGCUGUAUAUCAGAUCAUGCUGGGUAAUAUCCCCGUUGUCGUGGUUAACUCGGCGGCUUCGGCCAAGGUGCUUUUCGGUCAGAAUGCGCAAGCUUUGAGUUCGCGGCCAGAGUUUUAUACUUUCCACAAGAUCCUCUCCAACACUGCUGGAACCACUAUUGGCACCUCACCCUAUAGCGACUCACUCAAGAGACGUAGAAAGGGUGCUGCGUCGGCUCUGAACCGUCCCGCGGUCGAAACAUACGUUUCGCACUUGGACGUCGAGUCCAAGGCUUUUGUAGAAGAAUUGCACAGAUAUGGAAAUAAGGGAAAGACCCCUGUGGAUCCUAUGCCCAUGAUUCAGCGUCUGAGUUUGAGUUUGGCAUUGACUCUCAACUGGGGCGUACGUAUUGCUUCACAGGAGGAGGACAUGUUUGACGAAAUCACCCACGUGGAAGAGGAGAUCAGUCGAUUCCGAAGCACCACUGGAAAUCUGCAGGACUAUAUCCCUCUUUUUCGCCUGAACCCGUUCAAUUCCAACUCCAAAAAGGCUGCCGAGAUGAGAAUGCGUCGUGAUCGGUACUUGGGUUCACUCAAUCGGGACUUGGAUGAUCGAAUGGAAAAAGGCACACAUAAGCCUUGCAUCCAGGCUAACGUUAUCCUUGACAAGGAGGCUAAGCUGAACAGCGAGGAACUUACCUCGAUCAGUUUGACCAUGCUUUCUGGCGGACUUGACACGGUUACCACCCUCGUCGCAUGGAGUCUUGGGUUGCUGGCCCAGCGGCCUGACAUCCAGGACAAGGCAGCCAAGGCAAUCCAGGAAAUGUAUGGCCAACAUGAGCCUAUGUGCUCUGUUGAGGAUGACCAGAGGUGUGCAUAUGUGGCGGCUUUGGUCAAGGAGUGUCUUCGAUUCUUCACCGUUCUGCGAUUAGCCCUACCCCGUACCUCCAUUCGGGACAUCAACUAUAAUGGAAUUGUCAUCCCUAAGGGUACAGUCUUCUUUUUGAAUGCCUGGGCAUGCAACAUGGAUCCCGAUGUGUGGACUGACCCGGAUGAAUUCCGACCCGAACGAUGGCUUGAGCAACCCGAUGCGCCACUCUUUACUUAUGGGAUGGGGUAUCGGAUGUGCGCAGGCUCAUUGCUGGCCAAUCGUGAACUCUACCUAGUCUUUAUUCGAACCCUCAACAGCUUCCGCCUCGAACCUCACGACAAGACCGAUUGCCAUCCGGUCCGGGGCAAUUCGGAUCCCACCAGCUUGGUGGCCAUUCCCUCACGAUACAAGGUCCGUUUUGUACCGAAGGAUGAAAAAGCUCUAUCAAAGGUCCUUGCUCAAUCUUGA